AUGCCUGAGAAGAACAGUAUCACUCGGAUGCUCAUCAUGUUUGCGGAGAAUGGAUUCAUGGAGGAGGCGGAGGAGGAGAUUGUCCACCGAAACGCGAUCCUCUGGGGGGCGAUGCACUGCUGCUAUGCCCAAAAUGGGGAUUUGAUUCAAGCCAAGAGUUUGUUUGAUAGGAUGCCUCAGCACAGCGUACUUUCGUGGACGAUUAUGAUCAAGUCAUACGCGAAAAACGGUGAUGCUGAUCAAGGAAAACACUUGUUUGAAAAAAUGCCACACAGAGAUCUUGUUUCAUGGAACGCGAUAAUCGCUGUUUAUGCCCAGAGAGGUCGUUUCAAAGAGGCGAUCCGGGCGUUUUGUUUGGUUUGCUGCUGGGAUUCCUAUUCAUGGAACACAAUUCUAGUGGUAUAUGCUCUAGAUGCAAAUAUUUGUGAUGCUAAGAAAGCGUUCGAUGAGAUGCCAACUUGGAACUUGGUCUCCUGGAACACGAUUCUUGCAGCAUAUGCCCAAACCGGGCAUGCGUAUUCUGCGAUCCAGCUGUUUUGGGCGAUGUUUCUUCACGGCUUUGACCCCGACAAGGCAGCGUUUGCCAUCGUUUUGACGGCGUGUAGCCAUCUGGGGCUCGUCAAGGAAGCAGUAAGCUACUUCACGGCAAUGAGCUUUGACAAUGGAUUGGAUCCUUCGCAAGACCACUACACCUGCAUUGUUGAUGCUCUCGGACGACUAGGGCGAUUGAAAGAGGCCGAGGAUGUCCUGGAGAAUAUGCCUUUGCCAGCAGAUGGAGUUGCAUGGGCAACGUUUCUUACCGCGUGCAAAAACCACGGGGAGAUGAAUCGAGGGAUGCAUGCUGCGGAAUUUACGUGCCAGUCCAGCCUUGUGAGUGAUGCAUUGCCUUAUGUGAUGCUGGAGAAUAUCUUCAGAGCAGUUCAGACUUGA